GGGCUCUGUUUAUCGACUUCUCCUUGCCACGGGGCAGUAGCCCAAAUAUUUUCAUUUGAUAUAAUCGGUGUGUUCUGUUGACGUUCUCUAUACCCCAAUUGUUUUACAUACAUGUAUAGGGGUCAACAGAGAGAUGUAAUUAAAUAAAAUAAAAAUAAAUAUGUUAUGUCAUUUGAUACAGCCUGUUAAUUUCGACGGUGACACCGGUUGUAAAAUGGAGCUUGUAUAAGGUUCUUUGAUAAUGUAGCAUGGAUAGGCUAUAGUGAUAGGUUGAGUUUUGGAAAUAAUGCAGGAUGUCAGUCCGCGGGAAGAGUGUUCGGGCCAGGCGCAGACUCACGGGAUAGUCCGUGGUGGGUGGCAGGCGGGGGUAUGAUGGACGUUCCCGUCAAGUACCAGAUGUGCGGCCACCUGCUGUGCAAGCCAUGCAGCGAGGAGCGGGGCAACACCUGCCCCAGCUGCCGCCUGCCGUCGCGAGCCUCCGAGAUCAAGGCCGACAACUUCACGCACAACCUCAUCAAGGCCUGGAAGAUCAUUGCCCAAGUUGUGGGCUACGAAAGUGGAGGCCACGCCCAAGAGGAGCCGGUGCCUCAGGUGGCUAGCGAAGAGAUGAGCUCGCACCAGGUAUCACCGUUGGGAACUGAGGAUGAACAUUCAGCUGAGAAGAAAAAGGAGACUCCGGAAGAUAAGUUGAACAGCUCCACUGCUGCGGCGAGCAAGCAGUCUUCAGAUGGCGGGCAAGUGGGCUCGAAGAUGAAGAAACCGCAGGGCCGGCCUCGGAGAGCCGUGUCGAGUGACAGGAAGGCAGGCGACGUCAGCACGGCCAGCGAAGGCGAUGGCACGCCACGCCCUCGCCCGAGGGCCGGCAGGAAGACUUCGGAGUCGAGAGGGGUCGGCACUCCCAGGGAUUCCAGCGUGGGGCGUGCACCCGCCGCGUCUACCCCCAAGAAAGAUGCAGAGAAGCGCAACGCUAAAGGAGAGACUUUGCUGCAUGUGGCUUGCAUCAAGGGAAACGUGAAGCAAGUGAAGGAACUGUUGGAAUUGGGGGCGACUCCAAACACAAAGGACAACGCUGGCUGGACACCGCUGCACGAGGUGUCCAGCGCGGGCGCCACGGAGCUGGUGGCGUUGCUGCUGGGGGCGGGGGCCCUGCCCAGCGUGCCCGGCCCUGACAACAUGACUCCCCUCCACGACGCCGUCCUCAACCAGAGCCAUGACGUGGUGCGGCUGCUGGUCGCCCACGGAGCCGACGUCAACGCUCGCAGCUCCGCGGGCCUCACGCCUCUGCAGAGCACUGACGACGCGAGUGUCCUCGCGCUGCUGAGAGAGCCCCCGUCUAGUGCCGUGCCCAGCGAGGCGCGUCUACUGGACAGCCCGCCAGCCGUGCCGGGGAAAGUCGUGCUGCUGCCGUGCGGCCUGGACCCCGCCCGGGAGGCCCAGCUGCGGGACAUGGCCGCGCAGCUGGGCGUGAAGCUGUGUGCGUCCCUCACGGCUAGUGUCACUCACGUGAUUGUGCCUGAAAAUGAAAACGAUGUGUGUCCAGUGACGAUGGUGACUCUCACUGCGAUCCUGCAGGGCAAGUGGAUAGUUAAUUUUAAUUGGGUCGCACAGAGCCUGGCGGCAGGCCAGCUGUUGCCAUGCUCGCAGUUUGAAGUGAAGGGAACGACGGAGCAUCCAGCGAGCGGGGCCCCCAGGAGGAGCCGUAUCAACACACAGCUAUUGCGACCGUACCUGCUGAACGGCUGCCACGUGUACCUGGUGCCCCAGCGAGGGCCGUACUCGGCGGGGCAGGUGCAGCUGGACAGGGCAGAGCUCGCGGCCCUCGUCGUGGCGGGCGGCGGCGUGGUCCUGGGCCGGGAGCCCGACCCCGAGGGCAUCUCCCUCUCGCAGCGCACGGUGCCCUACCACGCGACGCCCGGCUCGCCCCUGGCCUGCUGUGCCCACUACCUGCUGUACCAGCCGGGAGGCAGCGGGGAGCCCCGCCUCAAGUACAACAUGGCGCACGUCAAGAGCCUGCCCGUCGGCUGGCUGCUGGCGAGCGUGCAGUGUUUCAGCCUCGUCCCGCCAGGCUGCUAGUCACCUCAAUCGUACAUGUGCACCACAGGUGCUACAUAUUUUUAACAUUGCGGUAUUUUUUUUGAAACAAUAAAGCUUAGAUUUAACUACC